UGCCCAUAAAAAAAGAAACAUGUGACCUUGCCGGCCAGGCUGUAACCGACAGGUCGUCCAAACAGAGAAGGGGAGAGGGAGGGUGAGAAAGUACAGAGAAGCUUUUUUUGCCUUACUGUCUACCACUUUGGCAUUACUAGACCUUGCAAAAAAGGGAGCUGUAAAGUCUCUCUCUCACCCCGUCUCUCUCUCUUCAGAUUUAGGGUUUUCUUUUCUCUUUGAAUCCAAAAUCCCUCCAGUUCAUCAGAUUCACUGACUCACCGGGUCAACUCGCUCUUCCAAAGCUUAAAAAACCAAGCAAAUCUCAUCAAGUGAGUUUCUUGCACUCUUACGUUCUCCUAUCUACCUUAAAAAAAAAACUUCAGUAGGGUUGGUUAGUUACUUGUGAUGAUUGCUUUGUUAGUUUUUAGUUUGGUCUGAAUUUGGUGAGGUUUGGUUAAAGAUUGUAGACAUGAAGAUUUGUUGUUAUAUGAGUCCUGGUUAGUAAUAAUUAAUUAUCUGAGGAACCCAGUAUCACAAGAUCAAAAAAGAUCAAAUCUUGAUCGCUGAUUUUAGCUUUUUUAAGCAGGGAGACCCAAAAGCUCAAAACUUUGAUUUAAUAUAGCCUUUUCAGCUUAAUUUGUGAGAGCCAGAAGCUAAAAUCUUUGGUUUUUGGGGGGUUUGUUGUGUGAUUAGAGAGUUUAGGGUUGUAAUGGCUGAAUCGGUGAAGAGUGACGGUAAAGGCGAUGAUAGGAUUGAGAAUUUGAUUGCUGCAAGGAAGUCAUUGAAGUUAAGUUUAGAGAAGUCGAAAUCUUUAGGGCUUGCUCUUAAGAAAGCUGGACCUAUUUUAGAUGAGAUGAAACAAAGAUUGCCUUCUCUAGAGGCAGCAGUGCGCCCCAUUCGUGCAGACAAGGAAGCACUUGUAGCUGCUGGGGGCCACAUUAACCGUGCUAUUGGCCCUGCAGCUGCUGUGCUUAAGGUUUUUGAUGCUGUUCAUGGAUUGGAGAAGUCGUUGCUAUCAGAUCCGAGGAAUGAUCUUCCUGGGUAUUUGUCAGUGAUAAAGCGACUUGAGGAGGCUUUGAGAUUUCUGGGGGAUAAUUGUGGAUUGGCAAUUCAGUGGUUGGAGGAUAUAGUGGAGUAUUUGGAGGAUAAUGUUAUGGCAGAUGAGCGGCAUCUGUUGAAUUUGAAGAAGUCAUUGAAAGGUCUUAGGGAAUUGCAAAGUGAUGAUGAAAGAGCUCAUCUUGAUGGUGGGCUUUUAAAUGCUGCUUUGGAUAAAUUGGAAGGUGAGUUUUGGCGGCUGUUGACAGAACAUAGUGUGCCGCUGCCAAUGCCAUCAUCUUCAACACUUGGUGAACAGGCAGUCAUUGCACCAUCACAAUUACCUGUGUCUGUUAUUCACAAGUUGCAAGCCAUUCUUGGGAGGUUGAGAACUAAUAAUAGACUUGAAAAGUGCAUAUCAAUAUAUGUAGAAGUUCGCAGUUCGAAUGUUAGAGCUAGUUUGCAGGCACUGGAUUUGGAUUACCUUGAGAUCUCAAUAGCUGAAUUCAAUGAUGUGCAGAGCAUAGAAGGUUAUAUAGCCCAGUGGGGCAAGCAUUUGGAGUUUGCUGUGAAGCACCUGUUUGAAGCGGAGUACAAACUUUGUAAUGAUGUUUUUGAGAGGCUUGGCUUGGAUGUUUGGAUGGGAUGCUUUUCCAAAAUAGCUGCUCAGGCUGGCAUUCUCGCUUUCCUUCAAUUUGGGAAGACUGUUACAGAAAGUAAGAAAGAUCCAAUAAAGCUUCUGAAAUUGUUGGAUAUAUUUGCAUCUCUGAACAAAUUAAGGUUGGAUUUUAACAGGCUUUUUGGCGGAGCAGCCUGCAUUGAAAUCCAAAACCUUACAAGGGAUCUCAUUAGGAGGGUGAUUGAUGGGGCAGCUGAGAUUUUCUGGGAACUUCUUGUUCAGGUGGAGUUGCAGAGGCAGAUUCCACCUCCUCCAGAUGGGAAUGUUCCGAUACUGGUUAGCAUCAUUACUGAGUACUGUAAUAAACUGCUUGGGGAUAAUUAUAAACCUAUCCUGAGCCAGGUUCUGGUCAUUCAUCGAAGUUGGAAGCAUGAGAAGUUUCAGGAAAGGAUUCUUGUUGGUGAGGUUCUGAACAUAAUUAAAGCCAUUGAGCUCAACCUGGAGACAUGGACAAAGGCUUACGAAGACACAAUCCUAGCUAACCUUUUUGCCAUGAACAAUCACUACCAUUUAUACAAGCACUUGAAGGGAACAAAAGUUGGGGAUCUCUUAGGAGAUUCUUGGUUCAAAGAGCAUGAACAGUGCAAGGACUACUACGCUACAAUCUUCUUGAGAGAUAGUUGGGGGAAGCUUCCAGGUCAUUUAAGUCGGGAAGGCCUAAUUCUGUUCUCAGGUGGGCGUGCCACUGCCCGUGAUCUUGUCAAGAAAAGGCUGAAAACUUUCAACGAAGCUUUCGAUGAAAUGUAUAAGAAGCAGUCUAGCUGGGUUGUGCCAGAUAGAGAUCUCAGGGAGAAGAUAUGCCAGCAGAUUGUGCAGGCAGUUGUGCCUAUUUAUCGGAGCUAUAUGCAGAACUAUGGUCCUUUGGUUGAGCAAGAUGGAAGCUCAAAUAAAUAUGCAAAAUACUCUGUGCAGGCUUUGGAGCAAAUGUUGAGCUCGCUAUUUCUGCCAAAGCCAGGAAGAUAUGCAAGUUUCAAAGGCAGGCAGCUUAGUGACAAAUUCAACAAUGGUGUUGCUGAUCUUCGACGGACAACCUCUGCAGUAGUGUGAUUUUCCUGAUCUAAUUUACUUUAUGUUGGUUAAGCUGAAAGGUAAUUAAUUCAAGCAUCGCCCCGCCUUUGGUUACCGGCCAGCUCUUGCACUGUACAUAUUUGUAUCCACAGGGACCUGAGACUAUUUCAGGAAUUUUUUAUGAGCAAAGGAACUUCUUCAAAACUUUUUCAGACAUUGUCUGAAUUUUCUCAAUGAGAUCGAAUUUUCAUAAGCUGUUUGAAUGCAAAGCAAUCUUGAGGAGCCCCAGACACUACGAUGAAAGCGAAGAUGGGCCUUCCUUAUUGAAAUCGUAGAUAAUACUUUGAGGUAUACAUUGUCAUAUUAUAUUCAUUUUCACUCUCAUUUAUUCAGUUAGUGGGCUGUAGAAACCAUGUAUUUGCUAGAUAUGUGUACAAUUCUUUGAUAUGAAGAGCAAUUAGAGGUCUGGCAGGAAUUAAAUUAUUCACUUGUAUUCUGAAAAUGGCAUAGAUGUUUGUGUGGGGGGAUUAAUGGAUGAUAAUGUCUUUUAUUGCUGGUUUUAGAAGUUAACAUUGCCUUUGAGUGUACUAGAAAUAUUGACAGCGAUAAGAUGUUGGCUCAUUUAGCUUGUCUUAUUUUCUAAUGUAAGAGAAUUCUUCAUUGUUAAA